UGCCUAUCAUCACAGAAUUUAACCUCCAUCAGGGACAACUAAAUUUCUGGAAUGCAAUAGCACCUUGUUGUAUUACUUGGCUCUAUAGCUUUGUUGUUUGUGAUUUCUGUGCUUAGGUGUCAUUGCUUGGCUGGUAUAUCCGUUUUAUCGACGGUAAAUUGGCAACUGAAGGCUCUGCCCAGUACAUCUCCUUCCUUUUCUUUAAUCCCUGUCUAACAGAUAGCUUGGUAGAUCUUUUCUUUUCCUGGGAAUCAAAGAAAUGCAACAUUGCUGGCCGUUUUCAUGGCCUCUGGCUCGCGGAUUAAUGAUCAUAUCAAUGGAUGAUUUGAGUUAUUAUUCUUAAAGCUCCUUGUUGUGCACUCGAAUGAUCAUUGCUCUUGCCCAGAUUUCUCAGCUCUGGAGCCACGUAUAAUUAUGAAGUCAAGUAACUUCCUGUGUUUGUGGCCCUGCUUAUCAACACAGUUGAAUCCCCAUCAUGGACAACUAAGUUUCUGGAAUGUAGGCUUACCCACCAACCCUAUAUUGUUAUUGUAUUAUACUCCCUCCGUUCCAAAUUACUCGUCGUGGUUUUAGUUCAAAUUGAACUAAAACCACAACGAGUAAUUUGAAACGGAGGGAGUAUAUACUUGGCUCAAUAGCUUCGUUGUUUUGUGAUUUCUGUGCUAAGGUGUCAUUGCUGGUUUUUGUCUUUUAGCCUAGAAACUUUGCUGUUAGGUGAAGGAUAAAAUAUGUUGCGUGGUGUGUUGACAAGUUUGUUCUUUUUCCUACUAGUGAUGUUCCACCUAUCCUCUUAUGUGUAAUACUACUAACAGGUGACUUGUUCAGAUUUGUCACUGUCCAGACCACCUAAAAACUAGCCUCUAUGUUACUCUUGUGAAAGCACUAAAUUUGACUCGUGAACGUUUUGACUCACCUAACCCCAAAGUAUCUUAUCAUCGGACGAAAAUUCUACAGCAAAAAUACUUUUCUUCUCAAAUCGCAACAGCAGACCCCUUAAAGCCUUCUCCAAGGCCGAAAACCACACUUGAAGGCAUGCAUCAUUUUGCAUCAAGAUGGCGCGCUUCUCAUUGCUUCCCUCCUCAACUCCAACAUUAUAUGAAAACCGAAAUCAUCUCUGCAUAAAGACUGCUACUGCAGCAGCUUUACUCUGCGCCGUUUGUCUCCAAAACUUUUGCAUCUCUCAUCUGUGAUACCAGCACAUGUUGGUUUGAAGCUGCCCCUUGGCAUUCCAAGGUCACAACCUCCACAGCCAGCCACGUACAUGUAGUCUCUCCUCGACGCAAAUCUUCCGAGUUUGCAUGAUCUCUCGCCGAUCAAACCCGAGCGGCUUCGUCGUCUCAAGACUGGAGGCCAUGAAGGAGGCCGCCGCCGGCGCCAGCGAAGGUGACGGCCUGGAGUCCAGCGUCUUCUUCUGCGUGGCCGUGACGUCCAGGGGCAAGGACAGGCUAUCGUACUUCCGCUCCAGCGAGGUUGGCGAGGACGCGGAGGCGUCCCGUGCGCUGGCGGCGCUCUGCCUCGACCACGCGCCGGAGCACCACCAAUGGCACCACCACACCUACGACGGCAGGCGCACGUUCGCGGUCCUUGCAGCUGACGACGGCCGCACGUACCUCGCCGUCGCGGAGCCCACGCCGGGCAGCACCGAGGUCGUCCGCUUCCUGGAGCGCGUCCGUGACACGUGCGGUUCCGCGCCGAGGAGGAGGCUGCGCGACGAAGCAGUGUCCGGCCUCGUGCGGCAGUUCGUGCAGACGCUGCAGGCCGGGACGAGCUCCUCCGCGGCUGCAAACUCGGUGAUGCUCCCCGGCGACGGUUCAUGGAGCGAGCACACGUCCGACAAGGACGAGGAGGCGCUGCCGGAGGAAGGCGCGCCACGCAGGCGGCCAGCACGGCCCUCCUGGAGGCGCACGUGGUGGCGGCGCCACGCCAUGGCCGUGAUCGGCGUGGACGUGGUGCUGUGCCUGGUGCUGUUCGGCGUGUGGAUGGCGGUGUGCCAUGGGUUCAGCUGCGUGCAGCGAUGAAGCACAUCAUCUGAGAUCGUGAUUACGUGCAUGUGCAUACCGUCCACGAAGGCUUCUACGUCGUCUUUCUUAUUGUACUUCACCAGCUAGCUAGCGACUAGCUAGAUCCAUCUAGGGAAGAAACUAAGCUCCGAGCUUAGCUUGUUGCUGCUCGACGAUUAAUUUAAUUACCUCAUGCUGAGAAACAUAUCGAGAUAUCUCAUGCUUCGUUCAUCGUCAUGUGUAAAAUCGUGGAAGUGGUCAUCUUCAUGUCCAAAUAACAAAUGGCAGAAGAUUGUUGUGAA